AGCAACAAGACGAUCGCACACGACGAUAAUGGCCCGCUUCACCGCCCUCCUGAUCGCCUCCGCUUCGGCCCUCGCGCCGCAGCACUCUAAGGUGCAGACGCGCCGUGAGCUCGGCUCGGCGCUGGUCGGCAUCGCCGGUGCCUUCGGCGCCCAGGCCGCGAACGCCGCCGCGGGCGAGUCGCCCAAGUUCUCGUUUUUCGGCAUCGGCGGCAACGGCGGCACGUACUCCGAGGGCGCCAUGUACGGCAGCGACCAGAAGGACGCGGUCUACAGCCCGUACAGCGUCUACGGCAAGCUCGGCGACCCCAAGGCGGUCUACAAGAAGUACAACGACAAGGAGGUCGCCUUCAAGAAGGCCAUGUUCGCCGACAGCUCCAAGCGCGUCGCCAAGACCAAGCAGUACAUCGAGAAGAAGAGCUGGGAGGACGUGCGCUCCGAGCUCGAGCGCCAGGUCUACAACAUGCGCGGCACCAUGAACUACCUCGCGGCCGCGUCGGGCAAGCCCGAGGCCACGGCGGCGGCCAAGAAGUUCUACCAGGACAUGGAGGAGGUCAACCUCCUCUCCAAGCGCAAGAAGCAGGCCGCGGCGCUCGACGCCUACGCGACGAUGAUGUCCGCGCGCGUGCACCGCCACUUGCACGCCACCGACGCCAUGACUGCCGCGCCGUUCCGCUGGGCCAUCACGAGCGCGGGCAAGAUCGCCGCGGACUUCGCCGAGGCCGUGCGGCGCCUCGACGGCCACGCCGUCGUCGCCGUCGCCGCGCGGAGCCGCGCCGACGCCGAGGCCUUCGCGGCGCGGCACUGCGACCGCGGCGUGCAGUGCUACGGCGGCUACGAGGCCAUGUUCGAGGGCGCGCGCGACCACGGCGCCGACGCGACCUACGUCGCGACGCAGCCCGACACGCACGCCGAACUAGUGCGGGCGCUCCUCGCGCGGAAGAUGCCGACGCUCUGCGAGAAGCCCCUCGCGGCGACCUUCGCCGAGGUCGAGGCGUGCUACGACUACGCGGCGGCGCAGGACACGUUCCUCAUGGAGGGCGUCUGGACGCGGUGCUUCCCGGCGACGGUCGAGGCGCGAGCCGCGCUCCGGUCGGGCGCCGUCGGCGACGUCGUCGCCGUCCAGGGCGAGUUCGGCUACGACAUCGCGAAGGGCUGCCCGGCGAGCGUGCGCGGGCACCGGGCCACGGGCGGCAUGUCGCGGGACAUCGCGGUGUACCUCGCGGAGAAGGCCCUGCUCGCCUUCGACUCCAAGGACUUUUCCUGCGUCGACGCCCGGGCGACGGCCGUGCUCGGCGCGGGCGACGGCGUCGAUUUGUCGGUGGCGGCGGCGCUGCGCUUCGCGCCGCGGCGCGCGGGCGUCGGCCGGGGGGGCGUCGCGAGCCUGCUCUACACGGGCCAGUGCGACACGCCCGAGACCGCCGUCGUCCUCGGGACGUCCGGGUCGUUGCGCUUCGACGCCGCGCACCACACGCCGACGUCGCUGGUGCUGUCGACGCGCGCGUCGCGGACGGAGAGUGCGGACGACGCGAUGACGUUCCCGCUGCCGGCGGACGACGGGUGCCACGCCUGGAACUACCCGGGCUCCAUCGCCCUCCAGUACGAGGCCCUCGCCGUACAGCGCGCCCUGGCCUCCGGCCUCGCCGAGGCGCCCGAGUGGACGCGCGCGGACUCGGAGGCCGCGCACGGCAUCAUCCGCGACCUCAAGCGCGACCUCGACGCCCAGCUCGGCGCCGGCACGGCCGGCGCGGCGGCCCUCGCCGAGGACAUCGCGACGCCCAAGCCGGGCGACGUCUAG